GAGCGGCAAAGCGCUCCCCGGGGGUAUUGUGUAUGGGCUGCGGCCCAGAGAUUGCAGGCCCAGGAGGCAGCUCCACCACAGGAGACAAGACACGCCUCAGACCGGGCAAAUUCCCGGCCUCCUGUGGCCCCAAGCCAGCAGCCGCCGCCCGCCACCUCGUCGCCUUCUCCGCUGUUGCCCCGGCCACACCGCUGACCCCGAACUAGCUCGCGCCUGAGCGCGUGGUCCCUUGGCGCUGGGACGCUGGCGAGGUGGGACGAGACCGAUGUGGCGCAUGCGUGGUGGCGCGACCAGGCACGGGAGCUGCGGGGGCAGAGGCAGCGGUGGGGCCAGGAACGGGCAUGGCCGACCGUGCCGGGCUCGUGGGGGUGGCAGCUGCGGCGUGGGCUGGCGCGGUCGUGCGGGCGGCGCCCGGCAGCAGCUAGAGGAGCGGUUCGCCGACCUUGCGGCGAGCCAUUUGGAGGCCCUUCGCACGCGAGACGAGCGGGACCGGCAGAACGCGCGGCUGCGCGAGGAGAACGCCCGGCUGCGGCUUGAGAACCGGCGGCUGAAGCGCGAAAACCGCAGCCUCUUCCGCCAGGCCUUGCGGUUCCCCGGCGAGGGCGGUGACGGGGCGCCCGCGGAGGCGGCGACAGCGACCCCAGGUUCUGAAGGGGCCGGCACAAACUGGAGGACGAGUGGCGGCGGCCCGGACCGCGAGCCGGGCAGCCCCAGGGCCCUAAGGGCCCGCCUCGAGAAGCUGGAGGCCAUGUACCGCCGGGCCCUGCUGCAACUGCACCUGGAACAGCGUGGGCCACGCCCGGGGGGAGACCCGGAGGAGCUGUCUUUGCGUGAACCCGAGCCUGGCGUCUGACCCCUGGACCCAGAGCCCCCAGAGCCCCCAGAGCCGUGGCUGUAGCUGGAGGCCGCAACCUGGGAGGGGCGGGGCCUUGUGCAGCCCCUCCCCCUAGACUUCCGGCUCCCCUACUUAGCGCCCUCCCCAGGCCGCGCUGGGCCCUGGGAACCUGUCUGCUGAGCUGGUGCGGGGGACUCUUGUCGGGAGGCUGAGCAGGUUGCAGGUCUCCGGAGACUAGAUGAGUGCAGAACUUCUACGUCUUGCGACUGCUGGUGUCCAGGGAGAGAGGCCUAAGGACGGAAAGGCGUGUUUUAAAACAGCAAGAAGUCUGUGUCAGGCAACAAGUCUUAAUGCCUGAACUUUUGUGGGUGUCAUAAGGAACUAUUAUAAUUUUUUACUCUAUUUUGGUUCUUUGAGGGGCGAAAUGCGCGUUUUUAGUUGGUUGUGUAUUUUUGUUCCUUCUUCAAUCCCCUAAAGCCUCCAGCCAUUAUAUUUUUUGUGGCCAACAUUCUAAGUAUUGUUUUUAUAAAUUGAUAUUACUUGGAUUUCUUAUAAAGUACCACCCUUUUUUAUGCAAAAGGUAUUAUUUAUGACUUAGGAACUCAGUCUGCCUCUGGCUCUAGUCCUUAUACAUCUAAUAUAUAUUGAUUUGUUUACCCCCUCCCAAGGAAUUUUUUAAAUUCUGCAUAUAAGUGAUCAUUUAAAUUGGUAAAUAAAUCUGGUGCAUUAAAAAUGACCUAAAAACACCCCAUGACUAUUAAGUAAAGUUUGUUAAAUGUUUACAUUUGUUUCUUUAAGAUUUUAAGAACUAUUUUACAUAUUUUAAUAUCUAACCUGUUACCCUUUGCAAGUUAACUUUUUUUCCCGCCAUAUGUAAUAGCAUUUUAAAUAAUCCGAAGAUAGUGUAAACACUUCAUUAUUUUAUUACAUUUAGACUUGGUAUUAGAGUAUCAUAUCUACUUCUCCUAAUUUUGACUGCUUAAGAACUUUAGGAAAUUAUUAAUUGUUUGUAUAUCAGAAGCCCUAAAACAAGAUGAUUUAAGUCUCAACUGUGAUUUCAGUGGCAGAAAGUCAUUAAUUCUACACCAAAUGUUCUAAAAUCACUCCAGUGCAAUUUGUUAAUGAAUAACACUUUUUAUUACCAAGUAGUGAAGAGGAUACCAUUGUACCUGAUAAAAAUCAUGGGUGUAAGAGAGUGUUACAGUGCUGGAACACUUCGGUUCCAAAAUCAGAGAAACCGUGAGAAGAGUUUUUAUAAAUGAUAAUGAGUUAGAGUUUUUAUUUGUAGCAUACUCCACAAGUUUUAAAUAUAUAGCAUAUAAUAUAAAACAAGUUGCCAAAAAAAUAGUUUUGUGAGUUUUAUAGUCCUGGGUGUUGAAGACACUAUGCAUUAUAUUUACAGGUAGUUGAUAUUUACUGUAUUUUGCUGUGUACACCCAUGUUUUUGGCCCAAACUUUCAGGAAAAAAAUCUUUUGUUUUAAUUUUUUAAUUCAGUUUUUAUUUAUUUAUAUUUAGAUACUUGUUUUUUUUUGUAUUAUAAAGGAAUUUUUAGCAUUUACUUUUGAACGUACAUGGUACAAGAAAUUUUAUGUAACUUACAGUUACAUAACACGAACAGAUACGAGGUACAAGAAAUGUUAUGUACUGUUACAAAUUGAUUAUUAUACCUAUGUAUAAUGGACAGUCAUAUUUUUCCCUCAAAAAUUUGGGCAAAAAAGUGCAUUAUACAUGGCAAAAUAUGGGUAGUUGUGAAUAUUAAAAUCUUCCCUUAUGACAGAAAAAUGAGAAGAAACAGUGAGAAUAGGUAGGUAUAUAAAAAGUAUUUCUAUCUCCUUUAGUUCAUUUCCUAAUUAUCAAAGAAAUUAAAUAUUUUUAGGUGUCAGUAGGAAUUGCGGAAAGGGAAAAAGUAUAUCUGCUCUACUGCUACUUAACUUUGGGUAUAAAUUAGUUAAUCUCUCAUCAUUAAAAUGAGUAUAACCUACCUAAAAAUGUUACACAAAUUUUAGUGAGAUUCUGUGUAUAAUAAAUGCCUGCUUCAAAGUAAAUGCGCUAUCAGUAAGAAUUACAGCCCAAAAUGUGAAAGUCAUAAAUUAAUAUUUUUCUGACACCUUCCCUUGCCUUCUGUAUUUUGGUCCUUUAUAGAAAUGUUGACAUUUUCCACUUCUUUAUUUGUUAAUAUAGUAAACACAUAAGCUAAAGCUCUAUGUAAUAUGAGAAUAAUGUUAUAAAAGAUACAAAAUAUUGCCAAUUAUAAAAUUGGGAAUAGUCAACAAAAAUUCAAAAUGUUUAAUUUAUAUAGUUUUUAAACACCUUUUGUCUUAAAACCAUAUGCAAUAUAAAUGUGUAAAGUAAUGAGGCAUGCACAAAGGACUAUAUUUUAGCUUAAUUCCUGAAAACUUAAAAAAUCUUAAUCCAAAUGCCCCAUAAAAUGGAUUAAGGCUAACUGUAUUUCGACUUUGUUGAAGUUACCUAUUGAUAAUUGAUGAGAUAUCAUGAAAUAACAUAAAAAUGAUAUAUUAAAGUAUAGACCUGUUUAAGAAAUGGGUAAUAACUGGUUUUAGAAAAGUUAUUAAACAAGUUCAAUCUGGGACCUUGUUUAAAAUAAACAAAACCUGCAGAUCAUUAUACCUGUUAAAAUAACAUUUGAUUUUCAAAAUUUCAAAUUUGCUCUUAUGUAAUGAAAAGAGGGCUUAUAAGUUGUAUAAAUGAGCAACAAAAAUGUGUCAGUGAGGAGAGUUGACAUUUUUUCAUCAGCAACUUUUUGCAUGGCUACCACUCUCAAAAAUAUACUUUUUGGGUUUUAAUUAAAUUAAAAUAUAAAUUAAAGCAAUAUAAAACGAGUACUUAUAUAGGUUAUAGAAUACAUUUUCCUUGCUAAAUUUGAACACUGUAAAUAUUAAAGAUUUCUUGAAAACAAUUUUUUGUUGUUUAAAUAGUCUUAGAUUUAGGUUUGCCAAUUCAUGAAUAGUGACAGGAUGAAACUAAUACCAAAUUAUUUAAUGAACUGAAUUAUCACUAUUGGUUAAGUAAUUAUUAGCAGCAUGACUUUGAUUCUAGUCCAAAAUACCAUUUUCUGUUUUAUUACAAGGAAAAUAUUUUUACUUAGAAUUUGUCACAAAAUCUUCAUGAAUGACACAAUUUAAUAUUUCUGUUUAGUGAUUAAUAGAGCAAGUAUAAAUUCUAUUCUAUAAACUUUUUUCUGAUAUAUAUCUUGUCUAUCUGAUAUAAACAAUAUUUACACAAUGCAAAUAUAAACAAAAAAACCCAGUAACAUUUAGGUAAUAUCCACCUCUGACUUUAUGAGGAAAAUUAUAUUCAAAUUUUAAAUUAUAAAGCAUCUCUGAAUGGUCAGAAUUAAACUACAUCGUGUUUUGUCCAUAGCAGAUUUUGCUUAUAAAGUUCAUAUUCAGAAUCUCAUCAGAGUCAUCUUUGCAUAUUUCAUGAUUAUUUAUUAGUAAGGGAGUUCUUUUUUAAAGCCAAACUGUCAGACAUCUCUUGUACUUUGAGGCAACACUAGAGAAAUGACAGCAGUGAGUUUGUUAGGUGCUUGAUUCUUACUUGAAUAAUUAACAUUCUGUUCUAAAAACUGAGUUAUCUAAGGCAGAAACUUGAACAAUCUAUCUCAGCAAUUUUCAACUUGUGAGCGGCAAGAAUUUUUAAAAUGUGCAAUACCUGACUAGUCGGGGGCAUUAACCUUUUUUCUCUUAGAUUCUCAAAUUAAAAAAUGAUAACAGCCAACACAACACAGUUGUGUGGUGUGAAUGAAUCAAAAUGAUACCUAUUUAGUCAGAUUGGCAAAAUACACUUUUUCAAGUGCCAUUGAUUUUUAAUUAGUUUAUGUGUGCCAUGAGAUGAAAAAGGUUGGAAACCACUAAUCUAUAUUAUAUCCCAUACUUAGGACUAAUAAAUGUGUCCCUUGGCCUUUCAUUUUUCCAGAUUUCCUCACUUUAUCUUUGACUUUAUUGUUUUAAAUAUAUAAUGUGUUUUGUAUUUUACACUUAAUGAAUCUGCCUUUAGUUUGAUGAAGAUUUUGUUACUAAUAAUUAAGAAACCCAAAACUUAAAAACAAUGAUGACUUUUUUUUUAAGAUUUUAUUUAUUUAUCUUUAGAGGGGAAGGGAAGGAGAGAGGGAGAGAAACAUCAAUGUAUGGUUGCCUUUCGUGCGUCCCCUGCUGGGAAGUGGCUGGCAGGGAACCUGCCUGCAACCCAGGCAUGUGCCCUGACUGGGAAUCGAACCACGAUUGUCUGGUGCGCAGGACCGUGCUCAAUCCACUGAGCUACACCAGCCAGGGCAAACGAUGAUUUUUAAAAAUCUAGUAAAAUUUCUAAUUCAGGGGCUUCAAGGUGUCAGGAAGCUCUGUUCUACAUGUUCAUUCAGGGUCUCAGAUUAAUUUAAUCAUGUUCUAAAGCAGCCCCGUGUCAUUCAUUGUUUUACUGCAUGGUAAAUGGUUCACUUCCAGAACCAGGUCUCAGCAUUCCAGGAAGGUAAAAAAGAGGCCUAUCCAGAUCUGAAAACGAUAUACAUUUUCCUGGUCACAUUAUAUUGGCAAAACUUCAGCACAUGACCCACUUAACUUCAAAGGCGGCUAAGAAAUGUAGUCAAGCUGUAGUCUUUUGCUGAGGUAGUAUUUUAGUACUUCAAAAUAAUUGGAGAACUCAUUUUGGUGGACUACCAUCUUAAUGGAGGCAGGCAUUUCCUUAAAUUUUGUAAAGAAUUUAUAAGUCUUGGUACAGCAUCUUAAAAACUAUAUAACAAAAACAUAAUGUGAUUUCUUUAUAGUUUUUUAAAACUUUGACCUUUUUAUUCCCUUUGGUACUAUCGAGUGUAAAAGAUAAGAUUGCUUGAAAUAAGCAAGCAAACAUAGCUAUUACCUUUUAUAUAGGAAAUCUCAAUAAAGAAUGAACCGUUUUUGAAUUCAGCAUUUGUCAUAAAAGAUAUGGUUUUAAAAACCUAUAUUUGGUAAACAUUCUAUUUCAUAUGUAAAUGUAUGUAUAACUUGAGAGAGAUACAUUUUCUCUUCAUUCUGUUUCUUAUUUACUAGUAUGCUACAACUUUUAGAGCUGAAAGAGACUUUAAAGGGUUUUAGCCAGCAUCCUUCAGACUUUUUGCCAGCAACCUAACAGCUUUCACAGAGAACCAACCACAUCUACAUUGCACUUCGUAAUUUAGAAUAUGCUAAUCACAAUCCUAGGUAGUAUUAGUCCUUCCUGUUUAUGAAUGAGAAAACUGAUGAACAAAGAAAUUGAAUAACUUCCAAGUUCAAAAAAUUAUUUAAAAACUUUUGAAGUAGCAAUAUAAUUGACAUGGUCUAUCACUUUUAGGACGAGUAGAUGAUUUAAUGUAUGUAUAUAUUGCAAACUGAUUACCACAAUAAGUUAACAUUCAUCACCAACAGAUACAUUUUUUCUUGUCAUGAGUUUUAAAAUUUAUUAGCAACUUUUAAAUAUACAACACAAUAUUAACUAUAGUCACAAUGCUGUACAUUUAUAUUGACAGAACUUAUUCAAAUAGUUUAUUUCUAAUUUUAAUGUAAAUUCUUCUGGCUUUCUAUUAAACAUGAUAGUAGUGGCUCAGUAGA